AUGGUUCUCUCACUCUCAUACCGCCGUCCGGCUUAUGUGACGUCCUCCCGCGAUUCCCUGGAGUCUGAGUCGGAUGGCCGAGUCGAGUCCAUCAAUUCCGGCUCCAGCUGCCCCUAUGGUAUUCCAGACGCCCUCUCCUUCGAUCGAAUCAUCAGCGGCGGUACAUGUCCUCCUGUGACCACGCGUGAAUUCAUGGACUUCCUGCGUUACAUUGAGUAUGACGCCGAGAACCUCCAGUUCUAUCUGUGGUAUCAUGACUAUUGCAAGCGCUUCGACGAGCUACCCGACAGCGAGAAGAAGCUUGCUCCCGAAUGGACUGCAGAUCAGGCAUUGGCGGAGAAGGCUCAUGCUGAAAAGGACAAGCUCCCGAGAAAAGUGGCAACUGCUGCUGCUGCAGUGUUGAAAGGCACCGAUUUUGAUCCCCAUGCCAAACCAUCUGCGCUAGAAGCUCCUCCAAAUCCGUUCAAUACCCCUCCUAGGACGCCCUCAGCCUCCGCUACAGACGCGGGCAGCCUCGUUCCGUCGACUGUCGGCUACAGUGAGGAUGCCACGACCCUUAGAACUGGAUCGACCGAGCACGGAAAGCGAGCUGAGGCGGCAUUCGAAGAGGCGGGAACCCUUCAGCCAUUCACCAUCCAACCUUUCCGUGAGGAAAUCUCACGUAUCAUCGCCAUCUACAUAGCUGAUGGUGGGUCGAGAUUGCUCAACCUGUCGGCCAAGGAGAAAGCCGGCUUGCUGAAGGCGCUAUCCGCCACCACUCACCCUUCAGCGUUUCGCGAUGUUAUUGCCACGGUCGAGUGGACUCUUCGUCAUCAAGCCCAUCCCAACUUCAUCCGCUGGACGAUUUGCAAUGGCAACAAGCCGAGACAAGCCUUUGCACGGUUCCUGGGCGUAGCUGGAAUCGUUGGGGGCAUCGUCUACGGGAUUGUCAUCACACUCAGUUCAGCCAAUCGAGGCUGGAGGGCUUUGGCCUUCCUCGGUCUCUUUAUCGGCAUUGCAACCCUCUUUGCCGCCUGGAAGGGCAUGUGCGUGGUUCUGCAUGGCAUGCAUCAUCGACAUCUUCGACCAUGGGAACUUUUCGGCGACGAAGACGAAGCUUCCUCUGAAAAGAAAACUUCAUUCGACAGCUUGGGCUCAUCCAACAGCUAUGAAGACGAGCCUUGGGUGGCCAAAUAUGAAAAGCGCAACCUCAUACGCAAGAUCUUCGAUCGCGAAGUCUGGAUCCAGGAGCCUGCGCUGCGGCAGAUCCAAGAUACCAUCUUCGUCCAGGCUCUCAUCACUGCGUUUGUGAUCGGAGCGAUUACGACUGCUAUAUUCCUUGCGGUUCCUCGCGGUAACUUUUACUGA